AUGAACUUGCAACUUUCUUCUGUCACGAUUGGAGGUCGUACUUUGAGAAAGAGGAAGAAUCGUGAUGGCUCGCAAGACGCCCCUGCGCUGGAGAGCAGGAAACGGCAGAAAGCUUCCAAGAGAGCACCCAUCGCUCCACCACAAAACAAUCCCAACGACGACCGAGAAGAGCAAAUUGAGAUAACACAGCAUGAUCGUAACGAGAACCUUCGCAUCGGGCAUGAGAGGGCCUCCGAUGCUGAGCACACCAGUCGCGACAACGUCGGAACCCGUCUGUCAGAAGCCAUGGGCGUAAGCGCAGCUCGUCGCGCCAAAAACAUGGUAGCGCGCGAUAGCAACCACGAACCCAAUGAAAAGCAUUUAGAGCUUCAAAACCCAGGUCGCCGCAUGAUUCUCAAUGACCAGGCGGGUGCUGACCGCAUUCGUGACUCGGGCCCUGAAGCUUCUGGUGCUGGUAACAAUGAUCCAGCCACUGACACGAGCCAAGCCUUGCCCGAACUGCUUCAGAAACUCCGAGAGAUCGAAAGCAUGAACUUCGGACAGACGUGCAACUUCUUCACGGAAUGGACCACUAGCCACUCUGGCCGUGACUUUAAAGAAUGGCUUGAUUUCUACCAGACGGUCGUCAAGCCCACUUUCUAUCGCGACAAGGAAUGGGAAGAAUACAUUGAUGCGAACAGAGUGGAAGAAGGUAUCACUAUUGGAGAGGCACGCUUGCGAGAAUCAAGGUCUGUCAUGCUCAAGCUUGUUGGAGAGGGAACACUGGAGACCGGAAGACCUCCGCGAGAGUUUCUGGAAGUGCAGUCUUGGGAAGAUGCCAUUAGAGACUCGUCGAACAAAAAGGAAACAAUUGUGCUUAGAGACCGGAUGCUGCAAGAUCUCAUGGCAGACCGGAUUCACCAGCCACAAGAUUUCGAUACAUACCUGCGGCAAGCAAGUUGGCAGAUGGCUAGCCGUGAUGCGAAGAACAAUCAGCAGGCGACCCGCAUAGAAGAACAACGACAGAACAUGAUCGAUGGAGUUGUACAAGCAGGAGAAAUGCCCUGUAGUUUUGAGGAUUGGUUCAAGGCAUCUGAAUGGAGCGAGUAUGCCGAAAGGUUCCCUGGAGAGAGAGUUGAGAUCCGCCGGAUGGAAGAGCAGAUGAUGGAGAACGUUCUCCAUGAAGGGACUGCCCCCUACGGCGCCGCGUGGCUGUUUCGUGCACCAGAAUGGAAUCGAUAUAUCGAGGAAGCGGAAGCUAAUCAAGGAGAGAAACGCUCCUGGCUGUGGGAAAAGAGUCGCGCUUGCGUUUAUGAUGAUCGGGAGCGCAGAUGCAUGGCACCCGCGCGAGCACGCUGGGCUGCAGGCUGGAAUUUACUGUGUUCGAGGCUUGAGAGCAACCUCAACGCUGAUGUCUCGCAGAUUGGGAAGGAACGCUCGAUAGUUGACAAGUACUCCAACUUCGAGCCGGAGGAGCUAAUAAUGCCACCGAGUCUGAACGGUGAGACGAUCGCUAUCCAUGCGCUCAAUCUCGUGAAGAAGACCGUCAAAUUGGAAAAGGCCAAGUUCGACAUAGCAGAAUGA